GAUUAGCUACAACGAUGAUCAAAGUAGGCGUCGGUUGCUUUAUUCUAAACAAAAACAAUCAGAUUCUGAUUGGUAGGAGGCUGAACAGUAUAGGUCAUGGUACACUCGCCCUGCCAGGUGGACACCUCGAGUACGGUGAAUCAUUCGAACAGUGUGCCGCCAGAGAAGUAGAAGAAGAAACCUCACUUAAGCUAGACAACUGGCGGUUUGGUACAGCCGUCAGCAGUAUGACUGAGUCACAACACUACGUCACUAUCUUCAUGUGUGCAAAGCACAAUACUGAUGUUGCACCCGUCACGACAGAGCCUCAAAAGUGCGAGGGUUGGUCCUGGAUUAACUGGGAAGAUCUCAAGAAAAUCCCAUCAGAUCAACUCUUCAAACCACUCAACAUACUCUUCCAAGAAAGAGAAAAUUUUACACCAUCGACUGAAUAAAUUAAUAUGUAUAAUUUUUACAUUCUAUAUAUCCG